AAAACCUAAUUAAGAAGAAGAAAUCGCUUUUCUCUCUCUCUCUCAAGUCUCACCCAGUUCUCUAAAUCCAUAAAGCAAGCAAGAAGAGAGUUUCGAUGGCUCCGACGAUAAGAAUCGGCGGUAACUACUCUACUCACCAAGAGUACUCUAUCGAUGUCUUUGGAAAUACGUUAUCCGUCACCGUAACCUCGGAUUUCGCCAUCAUCAGCCAAUGGAUCCGUGACGUCGAAUACAACAACUGUGGUCCGUACUAUCAACAACCUCUCGUCGUUGGAGUCGGCGUCCAGUGGACACCGCCACUAAGUUACGACGCCAAUCCUCCACCGAAUAGGUACUACUCCGAUCAACCAUCGCGUAGUUACGACGCCAAUUCUCCACCGAAUAGGUACUACUCCGAUCAACCACCGCGUAGUUACGACGCCAAUCCUCCACCGAGUAGGUACUACUCCAAUGAACUACCGCGUAGUUACAACGCCAAUGAUCUUCAAAGGUGUGGUUACUACGAGCAUUCUUCGCCGAGAGAUCACUACGCCGAUCCUCCACAGUACAACUACACCGGCAAUCCUUCACGUCCUAGUUACUGCGCCAAUCCUUAUCGUGGUGAUUACAUCUCCGAUACUCAGCGUGGUGAAUCCAACUCAGAUCCUCCUGCGGAUACUCUCCAGUUAUGCGUGGGUAGCAAAUGUAUCAUCAUCCAGUUAGGCCACUGUGACCAAGUCCCUAAUAGUCUCCACACUUUCUUGACGGAUCCAGAGACCACGUACGUCGGCGUUUGGAAUAGUCAAGACGCAGGAAAGCUGGCGAUAUCUAAACAUCAGUUGCAGAUAGGGAAACUUCUAGACAUAAGGCAGUACAUGAAUGAUUCACGAGGAAAGAGCAUGAGGGGUUGUUCGUUUGAAGAGAUUGUUGAGGAAUGUAUGGGUUAUCCAGGAGUGAGGCUAGAUCCGACGAUAAGCAUGAGUGAUUGGAGCGUGUACAAUCUAGACCGUGAUCAGGUACUUCAGGCGUCAAUAGAUGCUCACGCUUGCCACCUGCUCGGUGUUUUGGCUCGUCUAUGGGUAGUUUGAAAACAAGAUUCAAUAACAAAAAGAAUGUGGCUUGAAAUCUUUUCUGUUUUUGUGACUAGUGGCUUGAAUCUUCUUUUUGUUAGGCUAUGAGAAAAAACUGCUUUUUCUUUC